AUGGCUCAUUUGGGACAUUCAAUAGCAAUGCAUAAUAAUAGAUUAUAUUUCUUUGGUGGAAUAAAAAUUGAUCCAAUCGAGAAUACAGCAAAUUCAACAAACGAUUUAUUUUACUUGGACCUUUCGGUUAAAUUUAAUUUAGAUUCAAAAGAAGGACUUCCAUGGGUAGAUUUAACAAAUAAAUCGGGAAUACCGGUCAAAUCGAGUUGGUCAACGGUUUCACUUGGAGGAGAAAAUUCUUCGACCUUCUAUUUAAUUGGAGGAACCAUGAAAGAUUUUUAUACAAGUGAAGACGUAAAUGAUACCGUAAUAUAUGCCUAUGACCUGGAAACUGGACUAUGGUCAAUACCUGAUUUAAUUGUGAUUGAUAAAGAUAGUAAUGAAAUUGAUUUGACAAAAGAAUCUACUUUACAACAACGAGAUUAUAUUCAAAGAGUUGUUGGAGCACAAUCUGUACAUGACGAAUUAGGAACGAUUUAUGUAUUUGGUGGGACGCAAGGUCCUAAUGCCAAUGUGAAUUUCGGUGAUUUAAUUAUAUUUGACAGCAAACAAAUGAUUUGGGACAUUUACAAUGGCGGAGAAUUUCUUCACACUAGAGUAGGUUUUACCGCAACACUUCUUUCUAAUGGAAUUAUUAUUUAUAUUGGAGGAUUACUCGAUGAUCUUGGUAACUCUGGUAACUUAACUCUGGUCGAAAUGAAUCAUAUAUGGACAUUUGAUACAUCAACGCACAAAUGGGUUCUUGAGAUGGCCGAAGGAGAAAGUACUUCCGGACGAUACCACCACACUUCCGUGUUAACAUUUGACGGGUUAAUUAUUGUAUAUGGUGGAAUUAAUACCGCAAAACAUGCUGCGUCGCCGGAUAUCGUUGUAUUAGAUACUAUCGUGUAUCCACUUCAAUGGAUAGUUCCAGACGUAGAUGAAACAAAUAAACCAGCUUCGAGAGCAUUACACUCUGCAGUUUCAGUUGGAACAUAUAUGCUAAUAGCAUUCGGAAACCUGACGUCAAAAACAUCACCUCCAUCAACUCCGGUCUCAGACAUACAUAUUUUAGAUAUAACGAACUACAAGUGGAUAACAGAAUAUUAUCCUCGAUCUCCGUCGAUUUUUUCAACUCCGAAUGUUGGAUUCAGUUUUGGAAUUCAAUUGUGCUCACAAAAAAAUCCAAGGAAAUACGUACCUUCUCAUCAUACUCGAGGGCCUGACAUUUAA